AUGAUUCAGUUAGGUGGAAUUUUUGAGAUACAAAUUGCAUACAUUGAAAGAAAUAAUUGCCAGGCUACAGAAAAAAGAAAAGAAUUCAUAGAUCGGGUUUUAAUGACUAGGCAUCUUUGCAAACUAGGAUGUCCAGAUGUCGGUACAGUUUUGAAAAGCAAUCAAGAAUUCAAAGAAUUCAAACUUGUAUCAACAAGAAGUUAUCAAUAUGGAGGGGCCUACCCCGUUGUUAGUUAUCCUCUUUGGAAAAGCACAUUAUCUCACUGUGAAAGAUCCUGGACUGUCGUAAAUAAAGAAAAACACGAAAAUGGAGAUUAUGUUGGGGUCUGGACGUUGAUCGAGCAUAAAUGUGAAAGUUUCAAAAAUCCUAAAAAAUUAGCAAACUUUGUUGCUGCUGUUUGGACGAAUCUUGUUAAUCAAAAUGAAGACCGAGAUUUUUGCGAUCUUAUUGAAAAAUGGAAAGAUAGCUUUUUGAAGAAGAGAGAGGCCUUUGCCAAUGAAAGUAAACUCCCACAAAUGGAUGAUUUUUUGGUUCUUUUACAGCAACUUUAUGAAGGUGAGUCAAAAUUCGGCUUUAUGCCUAUCCAGAAGACCAUGAUAGACUGCGAAAAAUAUCUGCAACCCUUCUUAAGAAAACUGAUGGAUAUGAAAUUCCAAGGCUCUGAGGAAAAACAUCAGCUUUGGCAUGGGUUUUUGAACUUAGCAAAUAAAUAUGGCAAUUGUAGACGAGAAUUUGUGCUGGAGAUUUCGACAUGGCUGCGAAAACAUGUGUUGAGUGAAUUCGUUGUAUUGCCUUGUCCAUUCCAUGAUAUCAGAAGCACAAGUUGUGCAAUGGAAGAAAUAUUUCUCCCUGUGGUGACAAAUAUAUUGACACAAGAAAUAUGCGAAGAAGAAGCAUUCUUUCAGUUUUUGACAUCGACUUUACAAAAAGCUGUUUCUUGUGCAUUGGAAAAGUUACUAUCAUCUGGAAAUACACAACAAUACCUAGCCAUGUUUUCCAAUGCAUUGACGCUAGGUUAUGAUAUCAAAACAAAGAAGAUCAAAGAGACUUUGACAAAAAGUGUCAUUCAAGAGUAUUCUGUGAGGUGUAAGAAGUCUCUUAUGUUAAUGGGAGCUUAUACGUCUGAUUCUUCUUCUAUUAAUCAAGCCAGGACUCUACAGAGCAUUAUUUUCCAAUUCAUUAAUAAAGGAGAAAAGGCUGCGUGUUUUAGAGACAUCAUUCAAACGAUAAUAAAAAUGGGGCUGAAAUUAGAUGAAAGUAUAUUAAAUAUUGUUUGUGGUCAAACCGAUACUGGACUAGAGAUAAUUUUGAAAAGAAUGAUGCAGAUAUCAGGAAUUUCUCUUACUUACUUUGAAGGAGACAAAAGUGAAGUGUAUAGACCCCUCUAUUAUGAGGAUCUUGUAUUCGAGCAUUCAUCAUCCGUUGAGCAAAAACCAUUGUUUAAUAUUUUAGCAAAAAUGAAUAUGACUGAAUUCUAUCCAGAGAAAAUGAGUCUCCAAGACGUAAUAAAAAUGCAUGAAAAUCAAUUCACAGAACCAUCAUCGUUUGCAGAACUUCCUUGGGCUAUGCUUGGAAAGAUAAUUGCCAUAAACUUUGACUUUAGGGAAAAGUGUUUGGAUCCAUUUCUCAAAAGACUAGUUGUACAGAAGAUGCAACUUUGUCAAGUUGCUGUGCCCUUGGUGUACUGGGAUUAUGAACAGGAACUUUUCAGGUUUUCGUUAUGGCCUUUAAGGGAAAUUUUCAUUGAUAGUGGAUCUGAAUCUGUUGCGACAAAGCAAAUGCAAACAUUAGCUUUUAUAAGAAUUGGUGAUAAAAGAAAAUGCUCAAAAUCAAAAUUGAUAAACCAAUUUCUGAGAGGUCAAAACGAUGAACACAGUACUUUCUUUCAUAAAGACUGCUUACUUGGACAUUGUAAAAGAAGUUUUGCUAAUGGAACCAUCGAAGCAAGUUGGUAUAUUCCAAAAUCAAAUACAAAAAAUGAUGACUCUCGGAAUCCAAACGAGAAAGAAAAAAAAAUUGAGCAACCCCUUACAAUAUUAAAUCUACGAGGAGAUGCAUUUUCCUUUCCGGAACAACUUCACUUUUUGACUAAUUUUGCUAAUGCGUUGGUGCUUAUUAUAGACUACGAAGACAUCGAAAGCGAGAAAUAUCUUCCCGUUUUAGCACAAAUCCAUGCAUCUGAAGCUUAUGUUAUUAUAAUCACAAGUUUACCUCAUGACGAUAAUGAAACGGAACAAUUUAUUCAGAUGUACGAGGAAAAGACAAACCUUUCAUAUGAGAAGUGCUCAAUUCUUUCAACAACAUCAGAAGGGCGACAUUUAAAUGAAAUUGAAGUGAAACAGUUUUUAAUCAAUGACAUUUAUGAUACACUUCAUCAUAAAAUCAUGGUGUCUCUUGAAGAAAUAAGUGAACGAUUACCAACAGAUUUCUGUUGUGAUGAAGAGUUAUCAAAAUCGCUUUCAGGAAAACAGCUUUGUGAUGAAAUUAUUUCCAAAAUAGAAGGAAACCAAUGGAAAAGAGAACUAGAGAAAAGGGAUAUUCUACCACUUCAAGGAGAAACUUUAUGGCAUGAAUGGAGUAAGGAGCAGAAGGAGGAACGCCGAUCAGGAAAACAAGAGAAAAUUAAUUUUAACGAACCUCACUUGGAAAGGAUGCGAAUAUUGAGGAUGAAACAAAUUUGCAUUUUUGAAGAAACAUCAGACACAAUGGCCCGUUUCGUACAGAUUUUACUAACUUUAAUUAAUGAUAAGCAGACAACAUUAUUUUUCCUAUCAUGGUUGCGUCAGUAUAUGGACAGUCGAUCUAGAACUAUUUUGCCUUGUGUUUUGAACUCAUUGAGGAAAGCCUUUCAUGAGUUUGAGUUUAUAAGAUCACAAAAGGGAGGAGAAAAUGCUGAUGAAAAUGAGAAAAAACUGGCACAACUCAAGGAAACUAUAUCUAUUAAAGAAAAAAAAUUGGCACACUCUUCAUUUGGAUUAGAACACUUUUUCAGAGAAAUGGGUCAGCUUUUUGAAGCUUUCAUUUACUGUAAAGAUGAUUUGCCUUGUACAGUUACUGAGAAAACAAGAGAGGUUAUAUAUUCAUUACCUUUAAUUGCCGCAACACUUUUAUGUUGGGGACAACCAUUAGAAGUUAUGGAUGGCGAUGCUGCUAAUGUUCCUCUGAAAUGGAUAGAUGCUGUAUUUCAUGAGGUUUCAAAAAUAAUCGGUGAAAAUAAACGUCUCUUUGCUAUCUCAGUUUUAGGUAUCCAGAGUUCUGGAAAAUCUACUCUUCUAAAUACAAUGUUUGGUCUUCAAUUUGCUGUUAGCGCAGGAAGAUGCACGAGGGGGAUUUUUAUUCAAUUAGUGCCUGUAGAUAAAAAAAAAUCCUCCUUAAAGUUUGAUUACGCAAUGGUUAUUGAUACAGAAGGUUUGCGUGCACCUGAGCUGGCUGGAGAAAAGGUGAAUCAUGAUAAUGAACUUGCAACUCUAGUUAUUGGUAUGGGAGACGUUGCCAUUAUAAAUAUUAAAGGAGAAACAAUCGCAGAUAUGGAGGAUGUUCUCCAGAUAGUUGUUCAUGCUCUGAUUAGAUUGAAACAAGCAAAUGAAAAGAUAAAUUUAAAACAGUCUUGUGUAUUUGUUCAUCAAAAUGUUUCAGCCCAGGAUGCAGACAAGAUGACGAUUCAAGGAAAUCAGAAAAUUGUUAACAAUUUGGAUAAAAUGACGAAAGAGGUAGCAAUUGAGGAACAUGUAGGAAAUAUCAAGUCAUUUCAAGAUGUUAUCAGCUUUAACCCAAUCAAACAUGUCAAAUAUAUUCCUGAUUUAUGGCAUGGCACUCCACCAAUGGCACCAGCUAGUUCGCAGUACAGCACAAGUGUUACUGAACUCGAUGAACUGAAAUUAAAAUGGUUACAUGAUAAUCUUCGUCCAAAAAUCAGGCAAUGCGAAAAUGUCGAAGACCUUGAAAACAAAGAAUCUACACUUUUGAUAACGUUUUCAAAACUAAUUGAUACAAAAACUAAGGCAAUAGCUGAAGAACUAGAGCAUUUUUUCAAAGAAUCAGAUUUAUCCGAUUAUAUGGUCCACUGGAAAGGUAGAAAAGACACUGAACUUGACACAACGUCUCGUGCUAUUAUUACUGACGUGAGACAAAAACUUUCAGUUGAGAAAGAGAAAUGCAAAGCCUUAAUGGAAAGCAACGAUCGCAUACUAAAGAAUCAGAAAGAAAUUCAAAAAUUGGCCACAGAUUUUGCAAAAACGGUAAAGGGGAAACAGAAAACUCCGUCAGAGGAAGAAAUAAGAAUGAAGUUUAAGGAAGCCUGGAAAAAGUGGGUAGAUGAUAUAGUUAAGAAGAAUCCAGAGAGCGAUGUUGAAGAUGAUAUAAACAAAAUGAAAAGUGAUACUGUAGAUCUGCUCUACGACAGUCAAAUUCUUAGGAUUGUCACUGAUAACUUUCAGGCACAUUACAGGGAUUCAAAACAUGGAUAUACAUUGACAAUCCCCCUGGAAAUAACAGUAGCUCUUCAUGUUGCAAGGUUUUCUGUGUACCGGUUUUCGGAAAUGAUAAAAGCUUUUAAAUCAAAAAGCAGUUUACGUUCAAGAAUUGAAAGUAGUCGCAAGGAAACAGAAGCUUACUUCGUUGGUAUCUGCACGGCAAAGGCAAACGAAAGUGAUAUAGAAUCGGUAUCUUGGAAGGAUGAAUCACCUUACAAAGUUAUCAUGGAAAAAUUGUGGGGAUGUCCGGAAACAUGCCCCUGGUGCAAGGAACCCUGUGCUACUACAUCUAGGUUUGACAAGCAUGAACAUUUUUGUGUACAACACCGCCCACAAGGUGUUAAUGGAAUUCAUAGCGAAGGAAGUGAAGAACUUGUAUUAGAAAAUUGCAACUAUCUCAUUGAAACUGAUAUGGCCCUCAUAUGUGGUGACUGGUGCAACUGUCCUAACAAGGAUUCGCAGAUAUAUCAUCCAUACAAAGACUACAAGAAUCAAAUCCCAACAUGGGAUAUAAAACCCUCACCGGAACUAUCGAAAUACUGGUAUUGGUUCAUUAAAAUAUAUGGAAAACGCCUUGCUAAGUUAUACGAUUUAACUCUUCCUCGUGUGCCAGAUGAGUGGAAAAUUAUAAAACGAAAAGAUGCAAUUUCAAGCUUAAGCUAUGUUUGA